CCGCCGCUGCCGCCGCUGCUGCUGCUGUCUGCCCGGGGAGGAGGAGGCGGAGGAGGACGGGACUGCGGUGCAGGUGCUCCGCUGCAACUGAAGGAGGGUGAAGUUUGAAGAGGAGGAGGAAGGUGAAGCUCAGCGCCCCGGAGUGUUUCAUCACUUCAACCGCCAUUGUUUUGUUUCUUAACGGUGAUUCCUCCAGGAGCGACCCGCCGCCCAACCUCAGCCCGAGGUAUUCUUGCCAAAAGAAGAAAAGGAUCAGGAUGGAAAAUGAAGCUGUAAUGUUUUGCACCUUUUUGACACCUGUUCUGAGAACUCACUAACUUCUGGAACAUACACUUUGCAUAGUUUGAGGAUUUAUUACACGGCUGUGGUUGUUGUGCUCCAGGAAAAGUAAUGGAGAAAGAAGAGAGGGAAGACGUAUCACAAAAACGCACAGCUAAUAUAAAGGCAGAGGCAGAGGAAGAUGCGACCUCUGGACACACAUGCGGGGUGUGCGGUCGCAGCUUUCCUCUUCUCAGCUCUUUGUCCCAGCACAUGAGAAGACACACAAGAGAGAAGCCCUACAAGUGUCCAUACUGUGAGCACAGGACGGCUCAGAAGGGCAGUCUGAAAGCCCACAUCCGAAGCCAUAAACUGGGCCUAUUGGACCAUAAUCCCAGUGACAAGGAGGGGGACGUAAAUAAGGAGGAGAAAGAUAACACUGAAACCCCUGAUCCCCCUAAAAUCAUCCCCAAAUCGGACAAAGCUCAUAAAGUCAACGGGAAGGUGAAAAAGAAAGAAACCAAGAAAAAAGUAAAGAAAAAAGACAAGGUUGGUGAUGCCGAGUCUUUUUCCUGCACCAUCUGUGGCCAGGUUUUCCCUCAGGUACUACUCCUUAAAUCCCACAUGAAAAGACACCGCAAUGCCCAGGAUCACGGAUGUCGGAUAUGUGGACGUCGUUUUCGCCAGGCAUGGUUCCUCCAAAGUCAUAUGCGCAUUCAUCGCGUUAAAGCUCAGUUGCAAGGCGGCAGAAGCAACGAACCGCCUGCUACAAUCAAUGGAGUUCCCCAGGACCCAGAAUCCCUGAUAAAUGAAGAGUGCCUCUAUGAGCUCUGUGCUGGCUGCGGUAAUUUCUUUUAUGACCGCAAGACGUUGCAAAUACAUGAGAAGCUACAUAAACUGAAUAGCACUCAAACACAAAAUCCACCACAUGAAGACCAUGAAGCCUCUGAGCUGCAAAAUUCUAAGAGACAUUUUUUGGAAAGUUUGAACCUUACCCGUGUUGGUGAGAGUCACACAUCUGAGGAAGAAACCCUGGGCAGGAGAAUUCCAGAGCUGGAUCCAAUUUGUAGUUACCAGGCGUGGCAGCUGGCCACUAAGGGAAGACUAGUAGAGGCCACAGAGAAAUGUCUGGGAUGGGAGGAAAGACUCGCUGAUGCUGAGGUGGCAUACGACAUGGACAAGGGUGAGUAUGUUCCCCUGAAGCAGGAGAAGAAGAGGAAGCAGAUCGACACCUCCAGCUCCAACAUUAAGAAGAAGAAGGGGGAUACAGGCCUCGACCACACGGCAAACAGCCUGGCUCAUGCUAAAGGAGGUGACAAGAGGAUAUCCCAGAAAGAUCGUAUACUGUUGAACGGACUUGGUCAUGCAUUUUAUGAAGCGCUGCAUAGUAAGAAGGUCAAAGAUGUUCAUUACUCACCUAAACUGACCAACAGCAUCAGGAGCCAAGACCAGGAGGAUAAAAAACCCUACUUCUGCGAGCACUGUGAUUUCCACACUGUUGACGCCUCACUACUCAGGUUGCACCUGCACAAGCACAACCAGGACUUCCUGGGGUCCCAUAGCAAACACGGCACCAUUUUGGACAACUUAAGCCAGAGUGGAUCCAAAACCUCAAGAUACAUGGACUACCUCAGGAACAGGAGUGUACUACUCAGUCAGCCAUACUGGAAUCCUUACCCAUGUUUGCCCAGCCAGGGCUUAUUAGAGUCAAAUGUUGAAACUGAAAAGUCAAGUGUUACAGAGGUCAAAGGGCAAGGACUUACUACUGAUGAUGCUAGCAGUCUUCUCAAUCUGUCUGCAUUGCCUGUAAGUGAAGGAGACAGCACUGUUAAUUACCCAUUAAAAACAGAGGGCCUGGUGAGACAUCAGUGCACAUACUGUUCCCACACGACCACCUACCCAGAAGUACUGUGGAUCCAUCAGCGAGUGGCCCACAGGGUGGACGGCAGCAGCUCCAUGGCGCCCAAGUGGGCACCGUGCAUUACCAAUCUCAAGAGUUUAAAGGCUGGUGUCUCCCAGUGGAGACGCACAGGACCUCCUCCGUUCCUUGAAGGCAAGGACUGUCCAACUUUACCAACCCCGAGAACUCAGCGCACACAGCCCCCAGGCCUCACAACCCCCAGCAACAAGCACUCAGCAAGCACCCAUUCUCAGUCUAAAACCCAGUCAGGUGUCCCAAAGUCCAAGCACCAGUCAAAGGACACUCGCUCUUUAGAAGGGACAUAUUCUAGUGCGAGGGUGGGACCCCAACCUCAGAAGAAGUCUGGUGGACAUAACCGGGCAGCAGAGGGGGGAAGUAAAGGCUCCAGUGUACAAGGUACUUCAUCGAGCAGUAUAGUGCAUAACAAGAGCGUCUCUAGUUUCCAGCCAACCAGCAGUCCCCAGCACAGAGGCCACAGGGCUGCAGUGGAGGGAAACUUCCCUCAGGAGGGUUUGGGUUUUAUGUUGGCCAGGAGCCAUGGUGGGACUUCUAACACGGCUGCAGACAGACUUCAUCCCCGCAGGCAGUCAUGUGACUCCUCCUCAGGUCUCAAGGGCCCUGAUCUGUGGGCUGCCAUGAACAUGUGGGGGCUACACGGAAGCAAAGCUUAUUUAGAUCCACUCCUUUUUGCUCAGGGAAAGAGUGAGUCAACAGUAGAAAUGCCAAUGGACGUUGAUGUUCUGAGUCUCCUGAAGAACUACAGUCCUCACGACCUGGCUGCUCUCUAUCAGCACUGGGGGUUCAUCGACCCCAGGAUCGAUCCACAAGCAAUGUUGACGUUAAAUGGAAAUUUUGGAAACGAAGUCCAUUCAUCCUCUGAAGCUUCCAAACAAGCGAACAGCCGCUCCACUUCAUCCUCAGGGUCUCUUCAUAAAGGAACGUGAAGACACAUCGUGUUCUUGUCGUCUUCCAGCGUGCACGACGCUGACUGCUGAACAAAGACGCCUGUUGUUCUUUCCAGGAACCAGCCAUAACUCCUAAAGGACAGGGGCACACGUUAAUCCACAAUAUACAGUAUGCAAAGCAAUGAGGUGGACUCACUUUUUUUUGUCAUAGUUUACGGUUGUUUCAUUUGAAGUGUUAGAAAUGCUUGUUUUUAAAGAAUGUAGGUAUAUUAGUUACUGAAACACACAUCGAUAUUCGUUCUCUGGAAAUGAGGCAGAACCAUUGUUGUACAAAUGGUGGAAAGACACUGUGUGGCAGCACGGGCAGAAAUGAAGAGAGAGAGAAGGACAUCUGCUGGUUGAGGACAAAAAUAAUAUCUGAAAUACCAAAUCUUACAAAUAAAAGUUCUAUUAAAACAUUCAGAAUUAUAAGAACUAGGAAACCCCAGAUGUUUUAUGUCAUGUUUACCUUUUUCAUGUAUGUUUCAAUUUUCAGUUUAAUGUCCUUUAUGGAGUUUAUUGUUUUUUGCUUUUGGAUUAUUAUUGUCUCAACAUCCAGAAUAUACAACAAGGCAAUGAUAAAAAAAAUCUGGGUGAAAUCAUUUCAGUUUUAUGUCCAUAUUCACAGAUUAUUCAAACUUGACUGGAGCUGUCAGUGAUUAAUGGCCGAUUGUUGUUAUCUCUGUUCUGUAUCAUGACAGUGAACACAGAAAGGUUCUCAGUCAGUUAUUUUCUCUUCAGUUACAGUGAAUCCCAGCAGAGGAUCUCUUCCACAGUCACUAACAAAGCACAUCCCCAUCGUCCCUCUGCCAGCACCAUCUUAACGGGCUAAACUAGGCUGCGGCUCUAUUAAGUUCAGGACAGGAUGCACUGGUUGUGUUAUUAUCACUUAAAUCAAAUUGUUCUGCAGCACAAAAUCUGAUGUGGUGAACUGGUUCAACUCUAAAACUAAAACCAUUAUUCACCUUAUUAUUUUUGCAUUUGUCACUCAAAUGAAAUAUUUUAUGACACAAACACUUUUAGACAAAACUUUCCCCACAUCCAAAAUGUUUCAGGAGUCACUGGGUGUGUACUAUUUACCAGUGCAUUGCUGAUGGGCUUCAUCAAUGCACCAGGGACAAGAUUAACACUCUUCCUCAGACUGUAAAUUGGCAUCAGGGUAGAAUUAUAUCCUAUUUUGGUCAAACAGCAGAAUCUGUGGCACCAUGGCCUUUACCAUUUAAUUCCAUAUUUAUUCAUUUGGCUGUCGCCAAAUUUGAAAGGUCCAGAAUGGACAAUCAAUUACUCUUGAGAAAACAGGAAAAAUAAAUGCAAGUCAUGGCCAUCAUUGUCACCAGUUUGUUGAAACAGGUUUGUGGUGAAAUAACCAGUGAGCCAUGAAGAGUUGUUACCUGUUCUUUAAUUCUCAAGGCUUGAAUUUGUCCUUUGUGUCCCAGAUCAGGAAAUUGUGUAAACAUCUUUUCACAUUGUUCUUGUUAUGUAGCAAUUUAAUGCUGUAAUUUUUUUAGAAUUAGAAAAAUGUAGCGAGAAUUUCUACUGAUGUGGUCCCGACUCACAUCUGCCUGAAAAAACUACGGUUGUAAAAACUGUAAAAAUAUUUGUUUUUGACUUUUUGAAAUUCACCUCAAUCUCAAUUUGUUUUCCUGUCUUUUCUGUUUGCAGAUUUGUUUAGUAUGUUUCUAUUUUAGUUCUACUGAUUCAGUGUAUUCAUCUCCCAUAGAGAAAUAGUCUAUGCAUUUGACAGAGAGCCAUCGAGUUAUGGAUUCUUGGGAGAUCUUGAGAAUACAUAAAUUAUUACUGGAGUAUUAACUCUAUGAAUUGUGUGGAAAAUUGUUGUUUUGAUAAAUAUUGUAAAGGA